AGGACUUGUCACGCUGUGAUUGGUCCAGAUCAGCGUAGUGUUUCAAAGCGUCUCAAAACAGCGCAUCUUCAGACCAGACGGAGGACUAUGAGAACAUCGAGACCAGCAUGCAGCCUCUGAACGACCGCCCCUCUCUGGACUCCGGGCUCCGGGUCCUGCUCUUGGCCCCGUGGCUCCUGGUGCUGUUCCUCGCUUCCUGUGACGGCCGGGAGUCGGACCAGGACCUGGUCACCUGCGGGUCCCUGGUGAAGCUCCUCAACACGCGACACAACGUGCGGCUCCACUCACAUGACGUCAAGUACGGCUCCGGCAGCGGGCAGCAGUCUGUGACGGGCGUGGAGAGUGCCGACGAUGCCAACAGCUACUGGAGGGUGCGCGGGCAGACGGGGGGGCCGUGCCAGCGGGGGGCGGCCGUGCGCUGUGGGCAGGCCAUCCGCAUCACUCACAUGACCACCGGACGCAACCUCCACACGCACCACUUCACCUCGCCGCUGUCCAACAACCAGGAGGUGAGUGCGUUCGGCGAGGGCGGUGAGGGUGACGACCUGGACGUGUGGGCGGUGCAGUGCGACGGGCCGCACUGGGCCCGGGACGAGGCCGUGCGCUUCAUGCACGUGGGCACGCAGGUGUACCUGAGCGUGACGGGCGAGCAGUACGGCCACCCCAUCCGCGGGCAGCGCGAGGUGCACGCCAUGCCCUCGGCCAAUCAGCACAACUGGUGGCGCGCCAUGGAGGGCGUGUACAUCCAGCCCAGCGCCCCGCCCCUCCGCCACGACGAGCUCUGAGGACCUCAGCGUGUGUGUGUGUGUGUGUGUGUGUGUGUGUGUGUGUGUGUGUGUGUGUGUGUGUGUGUGUGUGUGUGUGUGUGUGUGUGUGUGUGUGUGUGUGUGUGUGUGUGUGUGUGUGUGUGUGGGUUCGUCGCUGCGUAGUCAUGGUAACUUGUUGACUGCUCAUUAAAUAAGAUGUCCGAUGGGAGGACUGUGGAGUGGUUUCUGUAGAGAAGGGUUAGUGUGGGUUGGGUUAGUGUGGGUUGGGUUAGUGUGGGUUGGGUUAGUGUGGGUUGGGUUAGUAUUGGUUGGGUUGGGGUUAGUUGGUGUAAAGGUUUGUUCGAGACUUCAGAUCCAAAUUUACUUUCUUUAACUUAAACCUGGUUGAAUUAUAUAUGGAUUAUGUAUGUAUAUAUGAUGUAACCAGGCUUUGUUGUAUUUUUUAAAACAUUCUACUUGAUUGUUUGAGUUCCCUCUUGAUGUUCUGAGUCGUGCUCCUUUAGGAACCCUGGGUCUUGUGGUUCUCAUGUCAGGAGUAAUGCAGAGUUGUCCUUUCAUGAAUGAAUUUCCUGACCCUCAAUAAAAGGUGUGGGGACGUUCUGGCUUUGGUGUGAUGAAUAGUGCAUGUGUCUGUUGAGGCUGUGGUGUGAUGAAUAGUGCACGUGUCUGUUGAGGCUGUGGUGUAAUGAAUAGUGCACGUGUCUGUUGAGGCUUGUCCGUCACCUAAACGGCCCGUAUCACAUGCCACCUAGUGAUGUAAAUGUAACAGAGUAUGUAAGCCAUAGAAAAAUCCAAUCAAGAUAUAAAAGUUAUUUUGCAGAAGAUUCAAUUAUUGCCUGAUUAUGUCAUCGUAUGACGACAAAAUAGGCCUAAACGUAUUUAUUUAGGAAGUAAUAAACUAGGAAUAAUAAUUGAACUGUGGAGGAAACAGCGCCAUCUGGGGUCAUGAUGCUGCUGAUACCUGAUUGGUUGAUGUUUUAAUAUCUUGAAGGUUUAUUAUUGGUGGCAUCUAGCGAAAUGGAAUUGAAUAUGACAUUCAUAAAAAUUCGUUUUAAUUAGAGAAUAAUCCCAUGGAAAUAAGAAUCUAGUGUUUAAAUAACCUGGUAGGAAACAGGGACCCAAUAAAGAAACGGAAUCCUCGUUUUGCUCCGCCAUGUUUCUACAGGUGCCAGGAACGGACAAGAGGCUCGAGAGAGAACGCGAAUCAAAACGUUCUUGCGCUGUGAGGAGGGGAGUGUUAUCGCCCAUGGAAUCAGAUCAUUGCAUUCUGCAACCUCACCACCAGCUGCUACUAUGAUCUCCACCCUGGACCUUUCAUUCAUAAACAUGAACAUAAAAUGGGUGGUUUGAAUACAUAUGCUUGUGCUUCAUUUAUGAUGGUCAUUCAUUGGAAAGUUUUACAGAGUAUUCAGUAAUCCAUUUUAAGAUUCAGAUUAGAUAUUAUCCUGUUCCUUAGACACCCUCCCACAGUGUCGGUUUUGCCCAGGUCACAGGGUCAAGAGGACCGGCCGGUAGGUCUACUGAUGACUUUAGCAUUACUUAGGUAUCCUACCUAAAUAACAAGACGGAAAUAUGCUAGUGUUUGGAAACACAAGCCGAUUCAAAGCUUGGAAAUCUGCAGAUAUCAACUGAACGGAUCGCUUUAAUUUUUCAAAUUAUAUUAAAUUACUGUCUGUAAAAUGGGAUAGGAUAAUUAAGUUAUAGCCCACAAUAAUUUGGCAAUGUAUUCUAAUUAUUGAACAUUAUUCAAUCAAAACUUUACCAGGGGGAUGCUCUCUGAUCAGUUGCGUGAACAAUUCAACUGCCUUCACUGUCUUUUUUAUUGGAAUAAAUGGGUAAGUUCAUGUUUGAUCCACAAGGUGGCGAUGUAACACAGGGACAGUUUUACCACCAGUCUGUUACUUAAGUUCAUAUCAAACACCGGUGUUCAGUUCAUUGUUUUGAAGGCAAAAACACACCGGCGGCGGCUAAACGCUCGGCGGCGCGCUGCCCCGCUAUCCUUCACGCCACUGUACUAUUCGCUAGCGUUAUCGCUAGCGUAGCGUUGAAAGAGCGCUUUUUAAAGCUGUUUCAUACAUCCCGGGUUGAUAGGCAACAAUAUCCUGUCGCCUACAUUUGUAGACUGUUAAUGCAGUAGAUGAAUAAUUCAACAAUGCAAAGAAUGAGCAAUGACAGUAAAAAAAGUGUGUAAAAUGACUUAACCGUAAACAAAGUGCCCGACAGUAUAAAGUAACUAUGAA